AUGGCCGCCGCCAGUGCAAUCAACAUCGGCAAUCUGGCCCGCAUCACUCCAACUGAUCUUGCAGCACUCCUACUUGACCCAGCCUGUGCAGCCAAAGUUGUCGUCGUCGACGUCCGCGACUCCGACCAUCUAGGCGGUCACAUCAAAGGCUCGAUCUGGGUCCCCACCGCGGAGCUCGAUGCCCGCAUCCCCGAGCUGAUGCGCAUGCACCAAGACAAGGAUACCAUUGUUUUCCACUGCAUGCUGAGCCAGCAGCGUGGGCCGGCGAGCGCCAUAAAGUUUGCGCGAGCAUUGGAAGCAGCUGCAAACAAGGGACAGGCCCAGCAGACGACCGCACAACGACCGGCGGUGUGCGUGUUGGAGGGAGGCUUUGGAAUGUGGCAGGCCCGCUAUGGUUCAGAUGAGCGGCUAACCGAUGCGUACGUCAAGGAUCUUUGGGAUUAG